GUGCAGCAGCUCCACCGCUGCGCUGCGUUUCCGCCUUGUCUGAGCGGCGCAGUGGAGCCGAGCCGAGCAGCGAGAGGAAGCGCGGAGCCUCGGAGACGCAGUGGGAGCUCUCUCUCUCUCUCUCACACACACACGCACGCACGGAGUCCGAGCGAAUUCUCCACCGACGCACCGACACCUCAUCUCCAGGCCGAGGAGUGAGCCGCGCGGUGCCCCGCCGCAGAGGCGUCCAGCAUGGAGACUGCGCCUCACAGCACGCGCUGAAGAUGUGAGAGCGCGCCAGGGUGAGAAGCGCGAGCCCUGCCUUUUGCCUUUUCCAAGCCUCCCGCCUGAGAAGAUGAAGAAGUUCAACAUCAGGAAAGUGCUGGACGGCUUGAAGGAGGUCUCGUCCUCCGCCCCGUCCGUCCAAGUGGGACCACAGGAGAACCACCUGAUCCAGGAGACCCUCCAGUCCGAGCAUUUCCAGCUCUGCAAGACCAUCCGUCAUGGCUUUCCGUACCAGCCUUCCUCCAUGGCGUUCGACCCGGUCCAGAAGAUCCUGGCCAUCGGUACCCAGAGUGGAGCGCUCAGAUUGUUUGGUCGUCCUGGUGUGGAGUGUUACUGUCAGCACGAGAGCGGAGCAGCCGUCAUCCAGCUCCAGUUCCUCAUCAACGAGGGGGCGCUUGUGAGCGCUCUGGCAGAUGACAGCGUCCACCUCUGGAACCUGAGGCAAAAGAGACCAGCCAUCCUUCAUUCUCUGAAAUUCAGCAGAGAGAGGAUAACGUUCUGCCACCUGCCCUUCCAGAGCAAGUGGCUGUACAUCGGCACGGAACGAGGGAACAUCCACAUUGUCAACGUGGAGUCCUUCAUGCUCUCAGGCUACGUCAUCAUGUGGAACAAAGCCAUCGAACUGUCCUCCAAGGCGCACCCCGGGCCUGUAGUCCACAUCAGCGACAACCCCAUGGACGAGGGGAAGCUCAUAAUUGGAUUUGAGUCCGGGAUCGUGGUACUGUGGGAUCUGAAAUCAAAGAAGGCCGACUAUCGCUACACUUACGAUGAGGCGAUCCACUCGGUUGCCUGGCACCACGAGGGCAAGCAGUUCGUAUGCAGUCACUCAGAUGGGACGCUGACCAUAUGGAACAUCAGAGGACAAGGAAAACCCAUCCAGACAAUCACACCACACGGGAAGCAGCCCAAGGACGGGAAAAAGCCGGAGCCUUGUAAACCCAUUCUGAAAGUGGAGUACAAAACCACCAGGAUCGGGGACCCUUUCAUCAUCCUGUCUGGUGGGCUCUCCUACGACACAGUGGGGCGCCGGCCCUGUCUCACAGUCAUGCAUGGGAAGAGUACUGCGGUUCUGGAGAUGGACUACCCCAUAGUGGACUUCCUCACGCUCUGCGAGACGCCGUACCCCAACGAUUUUCAGGAACCCUACGCCGUGGUUGUUCUGCUCGAAAAGGAUUUAGUGGUGAUCGACCUUGCACAAAAUGGUUACCCCAUAUUCGAGAACCCCUAUCCGCUCACCAUCCACGAGUCUCCGGUCACCUGCUGCGAGUACUUCGCCGACUGCCCCGUGGACCUCAUACCAGCACUUUACUCUGUCGGCUCGCGGCAGAAACGACAGGGAUACAGCAAAAGGGAGUGGCCGAUAAGUGGUGGCAACUGGGGACAGGGGACGCAGAGCUACCCAGAGAUCAUCAUCACCGGACACGCUGAUGGAACGGUGAAGUUCUGGGAUGCCUCUGCAAUAAUGCUCCAGGUGCUCUAUAAACUCAAGACAGCCAAGGUGUUCGACAGACCCCGAAACAAGGAGGACAAGGGCAGCACCGAGGUGUCAGACGAGGACCCGUUUGCCAUCCAGAUCAUGGCCUGGUGCCCUGAGAGUCGGAUGCUGUGUGUCGCCGGCGUGUCCGCCAAUCUGAUCAUCUACCGCUUCAGCAAACUAGAAGUAACCACCGAGGUGGUGCAGUUAUUAGAGGUGCGAAUGCAGUACGAGCUGAACGACAUCGAGUCCCCAGAAGGCGGCGGUGGAGAUCAGACGUCAGCUCUUCCCACCCCGGGUGCCUCCCCCCAGACCAGCGGCCCGCCAUCCCACCCCUCCACCAGUAGUAACAACUCCGACGGCGGCAACGUGCCCUGUCUCAAAGUGCGCAGUGCUCCGCUGAAGCAGUCUCCAGGUUACCAGGUAGAUCUGGUGGUCCAGCUAGUCUGGGUGAGCGGAGAGCCGCCGCAGCAGAUCACAAGCCUGGCCCUCAACUCCUCCUACGGCCUGGUGGUGUUUGGGAACAGUAACGGUCUGGCGGUGGUGGAUUACAUCCAGAAGACCGUCGUGCUCAAUUUAGGGACGGUUGAGUUGUAUGGCUCCAAUGACCCCUAUCAGAGACAACCUCGCUCGCCAAGAAAGUCCAGACAGCCCUCCGGAGGUCUGUGUGACAUCAACGAAGGCUCAGCGACAUCCGAGGACCGCUGCAAGUCCCCCACUUCAGUGCUGAUGUCAAACAGCAAUCUACAGCAGUUCUACAAUGGCGGUGGUAGAGGAGCAAAGAUGUCACGGAAAUUAAGCUUGCCUACUGAGCUAAAGCCAGACUUGGUCCUCCUGUCUGUAUGUCCGCCUCGGGGUGCCAACCCACUAGACCACCGGGACAAUUCCUUCAGCCGCUCGCGCUCCUCCAGCGUCACCAGCAUCGACAAGGAAGCUAAAGAAGCCAUCAUCUCCUUCCACUUCUGCGAGGCCUUCGCCCGGAAGGGAGACUCCACUCUGUCCCCCUGCCUCUAUGUGGGCACCUCACUGGGCACCGUGCUCGCGCUGGUGCUUACACUGCCACCUGCCGGGGAGCAACGGCAGCUACAGCCUGUCAUCCUUUCACCCACAGGAAUGCUGGUGCGGGUGAAGGGCAGCAUCUUGAGAAUGGCCUUCUUAGACUCUACAGGUUCUUUAUUGUCCCCCGCGUUCGAGCCGUGGUAUGAGCCCAACAUCAACGCGGAUGGAGAAGAGAGGGAGAAGGUCAGGAAACGGCGCCCGGUCUCCGUCUCCCCCUCCCUGUCCCAGGACCUCAAUGAGAGCCAGUACGCCGUGGUGUGUUCGGAGAAACAAGCCAAAGUCAUGGCGCUGCCGUCGCAGACCUGCAUCUACAAACACAGCAUCACGGAGACCUCCUUCAUCCUGCGGGCCGACGUGGUGCACAUGAGCCAGGGCGUUUGUCUGGCCUGCUUCUGUGCCAACGGCCACAUCAUGACCCUCAGUUUGCCGGGUCUGAGGCCGCUGAUGGACGUGAACUACCUACCGCUCACGGACAUGCGCAUCGCCAGAACGUUCUGCUUCACCAACCUGGGUCAGGCCAUGUACAUGUGCUCCCCCACUGAGAUCCAGAGGAUCACGUACAGCACGGACACCUGCGAGAACCUGCAGGAGAUGCUUGGCGAGUUAUUCACUCCUGUGGAAACGCCUGAAGCUCCCAACAGGGGCUUCUUCAAGGGUCUCUUUGGUGGUGGGGCUCAGUCCCUGGACAGAGAAGAGCUGUUUGGUGAGGUAGCAGCAGGGAGAGCAUCCAAGAGUCUGGCGCAGCACAUUCCCGGCCCAGGGGGCAUCGAGGGCAUGAAGGGGGCGGCCUCGGGGGUCGUGGGAGACCUGGCUCGUGCGCGGAUAGCCCUGGACGAGAGAGGUCAAAAACUGGGGGAGCUGGAGGAGAGGACGGCCGCCAUGAUGGCCAGCGCCGACUCCUUUUCUAAACACGCCCACGAGAUGAUGCUCAAGUGCAAAGAUAAAAAGUGGUACCAGUUCUGACCAGUGAUGACGGAGGGCCUGAGCUCCAUGGACUUGACCGCCACCUUCCAUCGACCCAUAGUGACCUCCCUCUCAUGUCCCUGUCCGCCCAUCCUCCUCUCCAAGCCUUCUUCGCCGACCGGUGGGAUUCUCUUCCCGAGCACAAUGUUGAACACUGUUCUUACCUCAGUCUGUGAGCGGAACUGGGGGGCGGAGCGCGGAGAAGGGCCAGCCUCCGCGGGAGCUAAGGAGCGGCGUCUUUUUUAUGUUCUCGUCUCUUCCGUCCUCUCCGGGCAUCUCUCACGCUCAUUUGCCAAAACUGUCCGUGGCUGUCCCUCUGCUCCGUGGGGACUGAAAAGAGACGCUCAAGAGUAUUGUUAAAUUGUACAAAGUAGGAUUCUAAAUAUGUGGUUAUAUCAACAUAAAGCUAAUAAAUGUGCAACACUGUAUCCACUUCCGAGAAUAAUGUGAGCAAGUCCCGGGAAGGAGGUGGCGGGAGGCCGCGCUCGGGAGGAAGUGACGCCUCCUCUAUGCAGAGAGUCACGGGGGAGGCAACUUAUUCUGAUGUUCACUGGACAUUUGUCAUCUUGCUCGACCUCUAGACUCUCCUCUGUGUGUCCCUGACUUUAGUGUGUGUGUGUGUGCGUGCGUGUGUUUGUCCAUCUCUUGCCAUGUUCAGUUCCGUCAGUAUUUUGGGGGGAAAUCUCUUAUUUUUCUAUUGUUGUAAAAGUGCCGGACAUUGUCAAGCAACCAGUUUCUCCACAUGAAAAGGGCUGGAGUAUCCAAGGAUGGUAAGUAAGGGAACGGCAUCCAACCACGCAUCUUCAUUUCUUCUUUACUCUCCUCCACAUCUGUCAAAUGAUCCUCGUCGUGCUACCGUUUCAUUUUUCACAUGGUGAAUCUCUCCGGUCUGUCGGGCUUUUGAAACCUUUAUUUGUAUAUAAGUAAAUAUUUUUGACAAUCUUAACUGCUAAAGUUAUUGUCGAGGUUGCCGGGGCAACACAAGAGGAGCGAGGCCAUAUUUUUUCUGACGCCAAAGAGUUGCUUUAGCUUUUCCAUUGCUCUAAUAUUUAGCCUCAGCAGCUUACAUUGUCACACGUGCAGGUCCAGCCAUGGAAUUCGUCUGUGAGGCCCAACAUAGAGUCACUUCCUGUUUCUCAUUUGGCAGCGCCUGGCUAUUGGACAGGAGGGGAAAAAAAACAUGCUGCCUUCAUUAUGUGACCGUUUGUUAUCGAGUUAUUAUUUAGUUAUUAGUUAUUAUUUUUACUCACUGCAGGGUGUUAUAGUUUAUUAUGAUUUUUAAAAAGUAUUGGUGUAUUGAAGAAUUUAUAUACAUAUGCUAUACAUUCAAUAUGGAAAUGGAGUGAACAAUAUUGACAUGGAAUGGUAUAAGAAUCUGCAGUGAAAACGCUGGCACUUUCUGUCCCCAUACAGUCGCCGUAGAUCCGUUAUCAAACCAGAUCUUAGCGUAAAUUUGUUGGGUUUGCAAAAAAAAGAGGGAUGCGUUAUAUAUGCGUUGUCAUUUGUAAACAUAUUUUCUGGCAUUUCUCUUGGUUAUUUACAGCCUUUGAGCGUGUUUACGAGUCUAGCGCUGCUUCAAUGAGAAACAGUGAUCUUUGUGAAGUUCUAUUUUAAUAUGACACAGUUGAGUCAAAAUACUAGUCUCGUCUUCGAGAGGGUUUUGUGUUCAUUGAAUGGGUGUUUAUCGUCUUUUUAUUUGUGAUUAUUGACGUGCUUGUCCCACUUGUCGUCAGCCCCGUCGAAAAAGGACAUAUUUCUCGUCCCUUUACUCAUUUUCUUCACUGAUAUACUUUAUUAUUAUUUUCUCUUCCGUCCCGUGCUGAGUCUUACACUGACUCUUCACAGCUUCUAACACACUUUGCCCCUUGAGAUGAUGGAAGAAAUGCAGGUUAACACUCCCAACGCUUGCUUUAUUUCUGUUUUCUGUCUGGUGUCUGAUGCUGUUUUACUUCCUUAGUUCCACACACCGAGAGGGAGCCCCCCUUCUACCUGCCACACUAACAUCUUCCGCCCCAGACGCCGCAGUCGUCGCUGGUUUGCAGUAUUUUUCUCAUUGUAGCCAAUUUUUCUUGUACAGUUUUAUGCAACUUUCACAUGGAUGUUUAAUGACUUUAUCUGCUGCCACAAAUUUAGAAAUUUAUGUAGAUAGAGAUUACUGUGCAAUGGAAAAAAAUAA